AACGCAUCCAUCAUCAAUAUGUCCCCUUAACCACUUCAUUUAAAUACGAUUCGCAUAUUUUCACAAACAAACACACUCACUGAACAUGGCCGCUCUCCACAAAUUCAAGCUCUUCGCGUCUCAUUGCGGCGUUGCACAGAGCCCAACCCAAAGCCCAAGAGCCAGCCCACUGGUUCAGCUCCGUCGUCCCAAGACCACCUUGCGCACGCUGCUGAGCCUGAGCCUGAGCCGGUCACCUCGGCCGCAAGAGCCACCGCUUCUGCAGGACCACGUGGCAUUGGAAAAGCAGAGCAAGGAUCUGAUGAUGCGGAGGCACUCGCUUAAGGAUCUGUUCGUGUCUUCGCCGCCUAGAGAGGAGGCAGACCGUGCCACUGCAGCUACAUUGUUGGGCUCAGUGGGUGUUGGGAGUAUGGGCCUUAGUGGGCCAGGCCCAUGGAGGGAUGGGCCUGGAUCGAGCAGCUCUGUGUGGAGGGGUUUCCGUUGCAGGUCGUUACUGAAAAGGAAGGCUAAUUGGAGGCCUCUGCUGCUCACCAUUCCCGAGGACGACGCAUAGUGAUUCCCAGUUUUCCGAUUUCCAUUCCACCAACUCGGUGCAUGCAUUUUCAUUUCCUUUUGUAUCUUCGUCUCCAUUUUUUGUUCUCAAAUCCUGUUCUAUCCGAUAUAUAUAUCACAAUGAA